UUAUCGAUUUUGCACAACCUUAAAAUUAACGGGGAUUCGUUGCGAUAAUUUGAUCAGCGUUUAAUUAAUUCAAUUAAAAUUGUCCCUAUUUAAAGUCGAAUGUUUGGCUAGAUAAACAGUUAGUUAGAGGUGUGCAUCUUUUAGCUCUACUCCCCGAAAUGAACUAUGCAAAUUGGACCGUAGUUAAUUCACCCCGGGCGCGAGUAAUGGAUCCUGGUAACCGAUUGCUAGGUUGGAAUAUACCGGCUUCCGAGUUGGGACAUAUUCCUGAGCACUGGUUGAAGUUUCCUGAACCCGAAGCGUCCAUCCACUUUCUAUUAGGGCUCCUUUAUGUCGCUUUGUUUUUCAUGUCAACCUUCGGAAAUGGCCUGGUAUUGUGGAUAUUUUCUACCGCAAAGAGUUUGAGAACUCCUUCGAAUAUGUUUGUUGUCAAUUUGGCUUUCUGCGAUUUUUUGAUGAUGUUAAAAACGCCCAUAUUUAUUUACAAUUCUUUCCAUCGCGGAUACACGUUGGGUUACACGGCUUGUCAGGCGUUUGCUGUCAUGGGAACACUGUCGGGAAUUGGUGCAGGAAUGACGAACGCUUGUAUCGCUUACGAUCGCUAUCAUACAAUUGCCAAUCCGUUGGAGGGCAAAUUGACUAGAACAAAGGCUUUCGUUAUGAUUAUUUUCGUUUGGAUAUAUGUUAUACCAUGGGCUGUUUUGCCCCUGAUGGAAUUUUGGGGAAGGUUUGUUCCAGAGGGAUUUCUAACUCAGUGCACUUUUGAUUAUUUGACAAGAACAUUCGAUACUCGAAUGUUCGUUGCAGUUCUGUUUACAUUUUCAUAUGUUUUACCCAUGACGUCGAUCAUAUACUAUUACAGUCAGAUAGUGAGUCACGUUUUCGAUCACGAAAAGGCGCUGAGAGAACAGGCAAAAAAAAUGAACGUUGAUUCGUUAAGGAGUAAUCAACAGCAACAAAACCAAUCGGCCGAGGUACGUAUCGCAAAAGUGGCAAUAACGAUUUGCUUUUUGUUUGUGGCCUCGUGGACACCUUACGCUGUUCUUGCGAUGAUUGGGGCGUUCGGGGAUCAGAACAUGGUAACGCCAGGUUUUGCCAUGAUUCCAGCAUGUACUUGUAAAUUGGUUGCCUGUCUGGAUCCUUACGUCUAUGCGCUAAGUCAUCCCAGAUACAGGCUGGAGUUGCAAAAGCGUCUUCCAUGGCUCGCAAUUAACGAAAAAUCUGUUUCUGAUAAUCAAUCGACAAACACCGAAACAAAUUCUACGAGUAAAGCGUAAAAAUAUAAGUAUUUAUUAAUAUUAUACAUACACGUUAAAAAAUAACAUUUAUGACGACUAGGCAAUUUUCGUGGUACUUCGAUUGGUGGACCUUACAUAUUUAUAUGCUUUUAUACUUAAGUAACUCAAGUAUAAAUUAAUAAAAAUAACAAUUAGCAAUCUGA